AGGUAUUGUUCUAGGAAUUUCGAAGCAUGUCGAAUUUUCGAAUAACAAGAACAGCGCAAGUCAAAUAUGGCGGAUUCGCGGUCUCCAUGACAAUUCGAUCUGACUUGUUUUGAUUUUGGUCUGAUCGAGAUCACGAGGAGGGGAAAGAUCUCGUUUUUUGCAUGUGGUAUACUGUUCUUGAAAUAAUUUGGUAUUUUGCACUGGUGGCGGGAUUUCAUUUGACUAGGACCAUGCAAUUUCGGAAAUUAUAAUAUGAAUUACAGACCUCAGCUCGAUGAAUUAUAUAAAGCAAUCAGGUUGAUUUUCAUGAACACAGAUGAAUCUUCCGUAGAAGAAGAUUGAACUGGAAUAUCAACAACAAAGUAAGAGAACUCAGGGGUUACAAGUCGGCUGUUUCUGCCUAUCAAGAAGCUGGUUUCUAAUUUGUAUGCAGAAGAGAGCUCAAGACUUUACAUUCAAAUUCUUUCUGCCGCCGUUAAAGGAAAACUUUCUUGAUCGCGAGAAGAGAAUUAUACAAAGAAGAGAAUUAAACAAAAUGAGCAAUCCACUUGCCGCUGUCGAUAUCUGAAGGAAUGUCAUUCGAAGAAAUUAAGCUACAAAUCAGAGAAGUGCAAGCCUCAUCAAAAUCUCAUAUUACGACUUGGUUCUCCUUGAUUAUUUUCGUUGCAGAUCUUUCGAUUACAGAAAGGACUUUCUAGACAAUAAAGGAGGAAAAGAAGCUUUUUAUUUAGUUAUCGUAGAUUGUUUAAGCUGAGACAGAUAAGGCUUAUCCCCGCUGAACACUUAAGACAUUGGAGGAAUUCAACCAAUUUUGAAAAGUUUCUUGUGAAACUUUGAAAUACUCUACACCAAAAAGAUCUUUUGCUAAAUAAGAAAUAAACUUUUAGAUGCAUCAAAACAGUUUUACAAAUCAAGUAUGGCUUCGCCUGAGUACAGAAGGUGGGCUUCGGCAUCGCGUUACUGACCUGAACGAAGGCGAUCUGCCACCUAAGUCACCUGAAUUUUAUGAGAUGUUACCAUCAUUAAGGUCAUCGCCUAUUUCCUUACUACAAGCAAGGCAGGAAGACAACUCGGAUUCAUUUCAUGUUGUCCCUUCAGUUACGAACAAAAACACAGAGCCACUUAGUGUAACGGAUACAUACGAAACAUUUUUACGAAAUUUAGAAUACAGUGAUAAUCAAGAUUAUGGUAAUGAUUUUCUCCAUUCACCAGAAGAACUUCACUUGACACACCAAAUAGUUGGAGAAGGAGCUUGCCAUGAUUUGUGUGACGAUUUUCAGAUAUAUUUACAAAAUGAAACAUCCCCAACGCCAGUUGAAAACUUGUACAGUACGCUACCAACACAAGAAGCUGCAAGAACAUUUGAAUUUCCAAAUUUCGAUGAAAACCAGAGACUUGAAAAUAUGGAGGUUUCUCAAACUGGGCAAAAGAAGGUGAGUUAUACUAAAAAAUCACAAAGCUCGGCAACAAAUGAUGACUCGUCAAAACAUAGUGAAUUCCCUUACGAUUCUUUAAAAAUUAGGCAGCAACAAAGUUCUCGUAAGAGAAAAACUUCAGAAACAUAUGGAGAAAGAUCUAGAAAUAAGAAGACAGAUAUUGAAAGAACAAUUUCACGGACUAGUCGACCUUCGCAUAAUGAUAUCGAGCGACAGCGGAGAAACGACAUGAAAGCAAGAUUUGAUGCAUUGAAAGCCGCGAUACCUGACAUCGAGCGAAUGGAUCGUGCCCCGAAAAUCCAAAUUUUGUCAAAAGCGACUGACUAUAUAAUGAAACUUCACGCAGAAGAAACAACUUUGGAUAAUGAGAAACAAAAAGAAAGAAAAAGAAAUCGUUUGCUGUUAGACAAACUAGUUAAACUAACUCAAGUUGUAUGAAAAGUUUUCUUUCAAAUUAAGGCACGAGAAACUUAUUGAAUAUGCUGAUAAUGAAAGGCAUAAACAGAGUAAUCGCAACUCCUAGACAAUUUCAAUAUUUAUACAGAUGUUUGGCUUUAAAAAAUCAAAGUUUUCUUGAUAAUUAAGAAGACAAACAAAACUUAGAUAUAUAGUGGUUUCGUCGUGAAAGAAAAACAACUUUCUAGACAUGAGUCAAUUAUAUAAGAUGUUAUAUUCCCGUGGAUUCAAAACAAAGUAUGUAAACAAUUAAGCCUUGUUGCCUCUACUUGCAAUCUGAAGUCUUUACAAGGUUUGUCUAUAGCUUUGUGAAAUUUGCCAUUAAUUUGCGCUCAGUAGCUUUUUGCUAAAAAUUUGCUGGCUUCAUGACAUCAAAGAGAAACUGUAAAUACAUUAUUAGUUUGACUAAUUUAGUUUUUGUUGAUUUUGCUAUUUUUUAACUCUCGUAAACAGUUCAAGUUUACUGUAUUUAAAGAGAUUGUUUUAAUUGUAAUUUAGAAUAUCUAUUUUAAAGAUAUGUAUUUUCUGAUAAAGAAUUACUUAGAGCUAUAUUAAUGAUACAUAUGGAUAUCUAUUGAGAAUAUAUGCAUGAAAUUAAAGUUAAUAGUCUAUAAAAAUUUAUUUUCAUUUCUCGAUGUGACAUUCCCCUAAACGCAUUCACUGCCACCUUUUCUUUCUUCGCAUUUUGUGCUUAAAGAAAUGGCCUGGGUAAACAUUAUUCGACCCGCUAAUGCUUAACUAUUUGGCCUUCUCAAAAGACACCCUUAAACGUUUACUUAAGUACUUGACCGAAUUCCUUGUUAAAAAGUUCUAUCAACUUAAGGGUGUGGCUUUAAUCAUGGUGAAAUUGGAAACUUAGUCUUCGGGGAUAACCAUUAUAAAAAGGGAGAGUGUUAACAAGCACAAUGGGUAAAGACGAAACAUAAUGUGCUCCGACAAAGAAAAUACCGUUCUUUGACGUGGGGGCAGUCUAACAAAAGGCCUACCCUCUCGCUACUAAUGAUUAGCCCCUUUUUCUUGCACAAAUCUGCGAAUUGAACAAUAACAACCAUCAAUAAGUAUAGAUGUUUCGAUUAACGCGGGUCUUUGAAGAGAUGCAAAUAAAUUUCCAUAGAUAAAGAACUGUUUGUUUUUCUUUCUACUUGUGUUCGUUCACAAACGUCGCCAUCGAUUGGUCAAAACACAAGCCAAUCAAAAGUUGUUACCUUUAGGUUUUCGAAAAACGCCUGUGAUUGGCUAUUGUAUUGCUGAUCACGUGAAGUGUGUAUUGAUCACAUUAAAAAUCACAUGAAGCUCCAUAACUCUGAGCAAUACUGUUUGUUCUAUAUGGACUCGUGUUCUAUAUGUUCUAUAUUUCUUUCACCUUUUAAUCAUUAUCACUACAAAAUCAUAAUUUUGCGGUGGCACUUUCAUUAUUUUGAAAUUCUUUUCUUCAUAAUCCACAUUUGUGAAAAAAAUAAAUAGCAUAAUUUUCACGACUGACGGCAGACAUCGUGUGGAAAUUUUAGAGAAAGAGCCUAUUGCACGUGAGGCGUUUUGUGAUCUGUCAAUAUUAUAAGAAAAAAGUGAGUAGUCAAAACAUUGUGUAGACAUUGUGUGGUGAAAGAGCGUUGCCGAUUGGCCAACACAAGUCCAAGUAGCUAUUCUUUCUCUCGAGUUUUUUCGAUCUGAAUUUCAAAUUUAAUACUUUGAGGUGUCGGACGAAGAAUAUACUGAAGUUACAAGCGUCAUUUUCCGCUAUUUUUGUGCCAUUUUGAAAUUGUGCUAUAUCAGUGGCCUAUCUGGUUUUGUAACCUUCCCGGUGUAGGUCUAUGUUUUGAUUACU